CCCCGGCGGGUUCCGCGGCCUACAGUUCCGUGUGGAACCCGGGUUCCGGAGCGUGGGAGAGCGAGGAGGAGGAGGAGGAUCCGCGAUGGAAGUGAAGGAUGCCAAUGCUGCCCUGCUCAGCAAUUACGAGGUGUUUCAGCUACUCACAGACCUCAAGGAGCAGCGCAAGGAAAGCGGGAAGAGCAAGCACAGCUCGGGGCAGCAGAACCUGAACACGAUCAUGUACGAGACCAUGAAAUACCUGUCCAAAACACCCUGCAGGCACCAGAGUCCGGAGAUCCUCAGGGAAUUCCUCGUAGCCAUGAAAAGCCACAAGUUAACCAAGGCGGAGAAGCUGCAGCUGCUGAACCACAGGCCCAUGACUGCUGUGGAGAUCCAGCUGAUGGUGGAAGAAAGUGAAGAAAGGCUGACGGAAGAGCAGAUCGAGGACCUCCUGCAGACCGUCACCAGCAUCCUGCCUGGGGAUCCCGAGGCCGGGCCCAAGCCCGAGGACAUGGCGGUGGACGAAGGGGACCCCGAGUAACUGCCGGCCCCAGGACUGCUGAGAGUCUCAAAGACAUUCAGAACUGUUGGUCUCACCCCAGAGUCCCAGGGACUUGCUGUGGCCAUUGUAGAAGCCCCCUCCCCACUUGGCAGGAGACACUCCCAUGCAGAGAGCCAGGGAGAAGGCGGUUCCUGGGCAGCAGCUGAGAAGGGAGGAGGGGGAAGGGCCACAACCCACAAACCCCCGUGGGCCAUGGUUCUGUCUGUCUCGUUGCAGCCCCGCGGUAGGGCCCUGACCCACGCCGGGGUCCUAAAUGCUUUCGUUUGCCUCUCUCCCCCAAAGGACCUUGUCACCAGAUCCGCUUCCAAGCACUGUGAAGGGGGCAGCUGCCUUUCUCUCCGGGCUAUGUUAUUAUUCUGUUAGAGAACCAUAAAGAAAGAAAAGAAGAAAUGAAUAAUUAAAAAACAUUCUCCCCUGUC